AGUAUCGGGAAUGAACAACUUUAUAAAUUAGAUAAUUUAAUUGCAGAACUUCCAAUUAAUAAUCCACUUAGUGCUAAUAAGUUUUUGCAUUUAGAUGAUGUAUUGCCAAUUGAAGAAAUACCUGAUGAUAUGGUUCUAAUUGAACAAAUUUAUCAUAAGCAUGAUAGUAAUGAUACUCAAUCUAAUGAUGAUGAUGAACUACCAUAUAAGAUUUUUUUACAAGAAGGGGAUCGUCUUGCUAAGAGUUUGGUAGAAUUUUUAUUGCAACAAAAUGAUGAAUUUGGUGUUUUAGUCAAAAAAUUGAGAAUAGUUAGGCAU